AUGGUGGACUGUGGUGUCGAUGCCUACCAACUUCCCCUUGUUCCUAGGGCAUUUAGAUCACCCAGAGGACGCAGGCUAAGGCCUAUGAGAAAACGGAGAUCCGUGUUCGAGGUUUCAGCCCAAGUGGCUGGACAUCUCUCAGGUGAGCAAAAGAACCGAGUUGCAAUCUGCUCGUUGCCCCACGAAACAAAGGAGACGAAGGACAGUUUCGUCGUCAAUAACUUCUUGGAAACAAUGGAAGUUGAGGUUAAGCCUCAAACUGGAUUGGAGAAACCUUCUAAGGUGUCAUUGUCUAAGGACUGGUUAGCUCUUGGUCCUUCCAUGUCUAACUCUCCAAUCACACAAGAAGAAAACUUCGAUUCAAGUUCCAAGAUCGACGGUAAAAGAAAGAUGUGCAACAUGAAAGGGAGAUGCUCGUGUUGUAGCCAGGAAUCGCAAAAUAUAUAUCCUUUGAAGAAAAGAAAGUUGUUUUACCAAAAUCAUCAAUCUCAUGACACACGUACGUGAAUUAAAUUAUGUAUUAAAUCUUUGAAAAUCUCGGAGCUAUUGGUGGACGUUCCCGAAUCAGCCACGGUUGGGUCAGUGAAGCUAGCGGUAUUGGAGGCGGUAACACGGAUUAUUAAGGAUGGUUUAAACAUUAAAGUGCUUCUUCGAGGUAAAACCAUCGAUGAUGACUCCAAAACGCUUCUUCAGAUUGGGAUACCUCGCGAUAAUAACGAUGACCACAACUUCAGCUCGUUGGGAUUCAUGCUAGAACCGCAGAAUUCAGAAACAACGACAAAUACAACGCUGACCACUGUUUCCGCUAGAACACGACUUAGACAAAAUAGGGUUAUAGGGUCCGUGGAUAGCAAUUGUUCAGUGGCAGCUAAAUCCGUGGUACCGGUGCGGAUGAAGCAUGCCUCGCCGCCAGAGAUGGUUCAACGUAGAAUCAGAAGGCCAUUCACUGUCUCAGAAGUAGAAGCUUUAGUUCAAGCCGUAGAGAAGCUCGGAAUCGGAAGGUGGCGCGACGUGAAGUCUCACGCAUUUGAACAUGCAAAUCAUCGUACGUACGUUGACCUCAAGGAUAAAUGGAAAACAUUGGUUCACACGGCGAAGAUAUCAGCAAGGCAAAGGAGAGGCGAGCCUGUGCCUCAAGACCUUCUUGAUAGGGUUUUAGCAGCUCAUGCUUUCUGGUCUGACCGGACCGGAACCGGAUGA